AUGGCCGGACGAGGAUAUGAGCGCCCGGAGCGCCACAAUGAAUACUUUAUUUCCGGAGACGGUAUCAGCCGGGAGGUUAUUCAGGCCGAUAUUUGCAGAUACCUAGGAAACGAUGCACUCGUAAAACCUGGAUCACAUCAAGGCCGCCAAGGCUACUUAAUCCGUGCUUAUCGGAAUUUGACUUCUGAAAUGAUUACCGACUUGAAAGCCGACUCGGCUCGAUGGGAACAAGAAGUUGCACGCAGAGCUGACAUGGGAUACUCAAGAGCGAGCUACGCUUCGUCGUCAAUCCAUGAAAUGCGUCAACAACAACAAGGAGGAGGAGGAGGAGGAGGCCCAUCGCCAGCAACAUUCAACCCGCCACCUAAUCAAUACAUGGAUCCCUACCCACAACAGCCUCAAUAUGGCGGCGGACACCAGCCGCCGCAUUAUGGAACACCCGCUUACACUAGCUCACAAUCCCCUGGCUUCCCUCAGAAUGCGUAUGCAUCACCUCCCCAGCAGGGUCCUUACUCUGGGCAAAACCCUCCGCCUAUAUCGGCCCCGGAUUCCCACCCUGCAUACACUUAUACUGGUCAACCUAACUACCCCUUUGAAGGGAGAAACGCGGCACCUCGUUACCCGGGUCCCGGUUAUGAAAAUGAAUCGGAUUAUCCCAACGUGACAUCCGGCAUGGGCUACCCUCCUGUUACCACAGCCUCGGGCGCACCAAUGGAAACCAGAUAUACCCCAGAGGCGUAUCCCGAGCAGCACAGACCCGGAGCCAACCGGCCACAGCAGAACAGAGACCCUCACCGAAGGCCUCGUUAG